CUGAUGCAACAUAUUAUACAAAAUUUGAUUUUAAAUCUGGUUAUUUCCAGGUACCUCUCUCUAAAGAGGACCGUCCGAAAACAGCGUUUUCCACUCGCGACAAUCAUUAUCAAUUUACAGUUCUUCCACAAGGAAUCACCAAUGGACCCGCCACAUUUCAACGCUUGAUCAAUCGUAUAUUAGGACCCGCAGGUUGGAAAUACGCAUUAGCCUAUAUCGAUGAUGUUGUUAUUUAUUCGAAAACAUUUGACGAACAUUUAUCACAUCUUAAUGAAAGUUGUGGAAUAUUAAAAAAUGCUCGAUUUCGUCUUAACCCAGAAAAAUGUGAAAUUGCUCGAACACAAACAGAUUAA